UACGUAUGUUUGCCUCUUCCCUACCAUGAUCUCCGCUUGGUUUCCCCUUGCCUGAUAACUAUUUAAAUACAUUUUACUAACUUUGGAUUCCUUGUUCACUUCACUUCACCUGGCUGAGCAGGUCUGUGAGGGCUCAAGGGUUAGCUCCUCCACUUUUGCUGUUUUAUUUGUUUUUCAGUGGUUGUUUCUAUUAAGACAACCAUGUUCAGAGAGUCUGAAACACAUGAAUAAUGGAAAGUGUUAAUAGUAAGCAGACUGCUGUAAAAUGUGCUGGGGCUUUGACUUAAGGGAAGAAAGCACAGCACUGCACUGUCCCUGAUCAAGAAGCUGGAGGACAGAAGAAAACAGAUUCAGCAAAAUCCUUGUUCAAACCCUGGAAACAUUCAGAAGAUAUAAAGGAAAGGAGCAGACUUGACAGGCCUCUUGGCAGGAUGAGGCAUUUGGAGGACAUUGGGAAAGGCAGUCCGGAGACCAGCUGGAAGUAACUGUUGGGUCUUUGCCAUUGAACCAGAAAGGGAAAGGUAGAGAGACUUGCCAUGAUUCUCCAUAGCUGUCGCAAGCAAUCCCUGUUCCUCCCAUUUUUCUUCACAUGAGGUCUUCAUCUCCCAGUGCUUGAAGCUUUGUGGUCUGAGCUGAAGAGAGUUCACAAGAUCAAAAAAUGCUGAAGGUCAGAAACAUCCCAGGGCACUACUUCUGUCAAAUCUACAUCAUUGGACUAUUUCUAUCUUCUCACUAAAGAUGGUCAGAAAUGAAGCUGAAUACAAGCAUGAGAGGAAGUUCUAAAGAUGAAAAGCAAAAUUACAUGGCAAAGAAGAAAGUUUCCUUCACCUAUUCCAUAAGAUGAACUGAUGUGCAGCAGCACCGUCUGGAGGAAUUGCUUUGUGCUUGUGAAUUGCAAACAGCUGGAACCACGCAACACAGUCAUCUGCCUAUUUGACACCUGAAAUUAAUCCUUUGGAUAAUUCAUUCAUGAUUCCUAAGAACAAUGCAGGGAAAUAAGAAGCAUACAGAAGGACACAGUGACUCCUCAAGUAUCGGGAGUCUUCUGGAUGACACAGACAGAGAGGUGAGCAGCCUCACAGAUAGAGCUUUCAAAAGUUUGUGUGUGGCAGAACUCGAAGACUCUCACAGUGAACCAGAUCUUGCCAUUUCACCCGACUUCACCCUCCAGUUCCCUGCUAAAUUUCACCCAGGGACAUUAAAUCAUGUCAUCAAGAAAAGCAACAUCUGUAACAAGCUAACAGCAAGAAACAAUGAACAUACAGUAUGGGCUUCCACAUUCCAGCAGUUACCAAAGUAUGCUCCAGAAGAGAAAAAGAUUGAUAAAAAUAACACUUUUGCCACAGAAAGGAAAAAGCUGAAUUUGCCAGUCCCUGGUCCAAGGAACAAUAAACAUGUUUCAAAAGUGUCCUCGUUGAUUAAGACAUUUGAUAAGACUGCAGACCAGGGGUCAGGAGGUUCCCUGAUAGCCAUUAAGCAGCCCAUUAAGAAUAGCUUUCAAAAAUGUAAAUUAAAUCAUGGAAAUGAUAUGGCUUUCUGGGAUAACACAGACAUUUUAAACAUCCACAAGGAACUUUCUGAAUUUUCUGAGGCUAGUCAAGGUAGCCACUGUCUCAUCAGUAAACAUGAGCCGGAGAAAAGACCUAAUAAAAUGAACCUGAGUCACUGUGGCUCUGAUGGUUAUUGUCCUGUGCUGAUUGAGAUGUCAAAAGUAGCCAGGUCAAAUUUUUCCCGUUCAUCUAAAAAGGCUUUAAAAAGCAGAAGUGUGAAAGUUAAUGAGCCAGCAAAAAAAGGUAAUUUUCUUCACAGUGAGAACAGUGCUUUUGAAUCAUGGAAUGUUCAUCAUAAAAAACUGACUGAAACGAAUGAAUUUGUUGAUAUGGAAAUGAAAAAAGAAGGUCUUACAUACCUGGAGGAAGCACCAUUUCUUAAGGAAUCCUACACACUUGAACAUAAAUUGCCACCUGCCAAGACCACUGUUGUUAAGGAGCAGGAGGAAGAUUUUCAGAUGGAGCCAGCUCCACCAGAAGUUGCUUUCAGCAUCCCUGUCCCAGCUGUACACAUACCUCAGGGCUCCCUCUCUUCAGAAACUGAAUUUCCUGCUGCUCUUCCUCCCACUCCUCCGCCCAGGAUCCACAUGCACCAGGGUCCUCCUCGGCCACCCCCUGUCCCACAGGCACUUCCUCUUCCAUCCCCCACCCAGGAGGGUCAUCUUCUAACACCCCCCAUCCCUGAAGCCCCCCCUGUGCCACCACCCCCAGUGCCAGCUCAACUUUCCCCACCUCCCAUGUCCCAAGCUUCUGUCUCACCUCAGUCCGUGUGCUACAGGACAGUUUCACCCUCACCCAUGUCCCAGGCAUCUAGCCCACCACCACGAAGACCCCUGGCCACCUUAACAGAAGAGGAGGCCCUGAGUCCCCCACUGGACAAUACCUGCCCACCCUGGAGGAGACAGAAGGCUACAAAAGGGGCAGCACAGAGGACACAGACUUUCAAGGAGAAGUUCACAGCCAGCGAUGAGACAUGCUCGUUGUCUGAGCAGGGUUUGGAUGCCACUCCUCUGGCUAAACAGGUAAACUCCCCUGGAUCGAUCAGUCCCUCCUUCAACAUCACUGAACUCUUAACACCCAUCAUACCACCAAAACAGGAGGUGGACCCUGUGGAAAGUGAGCUGAUCCCACUGACACCUCCUCCCACCGAGAACACAGCAGCAAUACACCAUGAGGGGAAUGCAUUUGGUGAUUACAGGUCUCGGGAUAGUUACAAAUCAAAAGCAUCGAGUCUGUUAUUCAACUUGAAGGAUGUGCGUAGACGUGUUAAAAGUACUUAUACCCCUUCUCCUCUGUUAAGGGCUUUGGAGGAAAGAAAUAAAACUAGGGAAAAUAUACAGGAGAGUACAAAAAUGAAUGUCUCACUGUUGACUUUACAGGAAAAAGGUAACAAAAAGGUUGCACAGAAAGAUGAACUGAGUGAUAUAACCUCCAUAUUGUCUGGCAGUAUUCAUGAAAAGGACAAUAAAACUGAUUUAACUGGACACUUUACAGACAAUUACCUGACUUUGAGUUCACCCCAGACAACAGCAGAACUUUUAGUUUACCAAACUGGAGACAACUUACAGCAAGAUGAUUCAAAAUGUGAAGGUCUGAUUAAAAAUGCAAGGGGUAAUGAAAACUUCUUUUUCAGACAUGAAUCAAAUAAAUCUGAUUUAAGAAAACAUGUGCAGCAUCCAGCACUGAAACCAUUCAGCAGAGACAAUACAGAUGCAACAGCUGAGCAGCCUGUACAAAAUCCCAGUGUCCAGGGUGAGGUAGAUGAGAGACAGGCUGCUAUUCAGAAUGAAAGUUUUACGUUCAAACCACUCCCAAACCAGCUCUCACCAGCAGAGGAUGUGCCUUACAGUGACACACAGAACAGUGUGGUGGUACUUGGUCAUGAAACACAAGGCAAAAGAAGCACUAGUUCUUCGGAGCAAUCUUUCGUCUCCACGGUAGAGCAACCGCUUCAGGAGGAACCUUUUCCGCAAGUGCCCCUGAUGCAGAAGGCAGGUCUUCAAGAGAGCCAGAGGACUAAGAGUGAAAUGGAUGCAGGCAGCAAGAAAAACCACAAGGAGAGAGGGAAAGAGGUUGAGGAAGAUCAACUGCAAUAUUAUGCUUGUAUCAGCUCUAGUGAUAGUGCAGCAGAGAAGAGGGAGGGGAAGGUUACUGAGAAUGAACAAAGCAGCCUGGUGAAGGAGAAACUAAGGAGUGAGAAAAGGGAAGAAGCCAACAGCAUGGAUUCUGCUUCUGAUAGUAUAAGGGACACGUCUGGCCCCAGAUCUGAGGAACCACAAACACCUCCAUCUUCAAGCUCAACCAAACCCAAGCUGUUUAUGAUUAAAGAUAACACAGUCAGGUCACCUCAGGUAAUAAGGGCUGUCAAACUGCCACUGUUGAGGUCCUUUUCGCUGGACGAUACAGUGAGCAGCAGUUACAAGGAAAUGGAAGGUAGGUCUGUGCCCUCAGCAGAGCACAACAAGCAGCACCAAAACAUGUUGCAUGCCCAGGAUUUAAGCUGGUCGGCAUUGAGGCGCAGAGGCCAGCAGAAUGUGAGGGAUGGAGCAACCGACAGAGGGAAAGAGUCCAGUGAGCCUGGAUCUUCAGCAACACUGGAUCCUAGUCUUCUGGAAGAUACAGAGAGCUUUUCAUUAGGGAAGGUGACAGAAGAUGAUGAAGAGACUUGUGCUGUGUUAAAUAAAGUUGGAACAAUGAAUGAGGAAAGUGUCUGCAGAAGGAAAGAGAAGCCAAAGAUUAGGAAGUCAAGGCACAGCUUAACACAGCCAAAUUUAGGUCUGGAAAAUGACUGGGCACAGAACAACCCCAUCUAUCCUGCAGAAAGAAAGAUGAAUUACUUUAAGAAUCCUCGUUCAUCUAAUCGCAAAGGUGGCUCUUGUGCAAAAAAAAUAAUCACUAGGAAUACAAUUUCCCCUGUGACUGGCUCCAUCUCAGAGGACCACACAUUUUCUCCUGUAGCCUAUGAAGCUUUAGAGGAUUUCCUACAUAUGGAAGGUGCACCAGUUGUGUUAGACAGUCUUGCAUGCUCUGCUGUUACAAGCCCCAGAUCAGGCAGCACCAUGCACUCUCUUGCUGCCAGUUCAUUAUCAGAGAAACCAACAAUUUCUGGCCUUAGAGAGACAGAGGAUGUUAUGAACCCUGACUUGCUAAACAAGGCACUGAAGAGCCAUGCUGGUAUGUCUGCAGAAGUGAUACUUGAUCCAGUGCAGAGAAAUAUGCAUUCUGAUUCUGCAGGAGAUGCUGAGAGACUGGAGCUCAAGGGACCUGGGGAGAAAGCAGCAGGCAAGCCUCCUGCUGUGCCACCCAAAACAGAAAAGGCUCUGCGACGGGCCAAAAAGCUGGCAAGCAGGAGAAAGAAAAUUCAAGAGCAGCAGAAAAAACAUCAGACUGAGCAUACAGAUGCUACAGGAAGAAAGUCUUCUAAUUCUGGACAGAUGCUAGCAUCUUCCUCACCCUUAGGAUAUUCUCCUCUCCAUCCUGCCCCUCACUCAACUCCCACAGAAACCAGUACAGGAAGACUCAGUGGUGCAUCAGCAGUAAGCCCUUCACCCUCUUCAACCCAGCGUAAACUCCUCCAAGACCCAGACUCUGGCCAAUAUUAUGUAGUUGAUUUACCAGCUGAAGUAAAUUUAAAGACAUUUUAUGACCCAGAAACUGGAAAAUAUGUUCAAGUCUCAGUCCCUUCCUCAGAAGGGAUCUUAUACCACCCCCCUUCUUCAGAAAUUAUGAAUUCACCCUAUCCCUCUUACCCUAGAGUGCUGCCUUUACCAGCUUCAUCUGUAGCAGUGCUGAAGUCACCUUCUCAGCUCUCCGAACCUACUCAGUUAAUGUCAGCUGUACCAGGAGAACCAGCUGAACUACCUGAAGAUGGCCAGCAGGACUACAGAUAUGCUGAGACUGUGGAUACUCAGCCUUAUAUUGAGCCAGCCUCUUACACCUACAGUCAAGAUGCCGAAGAAACUCAAGUUCAUUUACGAAAGGGCAUGAGCUCAAGCCCAAAUACUGACAUAGUGUCCUUCACUGGUUUAGAUGACUUUGCUGCUGAAGGAGUGUCUUGAAAACUGAAAUAACAAAGUAUACCAGCUAGUGUUUUUAAGAACCAUUUGGACAGACACACAAAAGCACAUGCAUAUUUUAUGUUUGUACAACACUUUGUCUGAAUCUCAUUGUGGUUCGGUUAGGAAGGAAAAUGAAAGCUGGCCACAUUGAGAAAUGUGAGGUGAUGAUCACUCUGAAGAAGUGUGAAACUGAGUAAGCACUAAAUUAUCAGUGAGAUGAAGGGGCAAUGCCAGCUAAACAAGCAAAUACGACAGUAUGAAGCCACUGCUUGCUGCUGCUGCUGCUUUGCCAUUAUGAUGGCUGGGAUUGCUAAAGCAAGUGUCCUUUUGCCCAGAUGUGUUGCAUGAUAAAUGACACAAAGAAAAACCAAAACCUAUGAGACCAUCAUGUCUUGUCCUAUGAGACCUCGGACAGAUGCCACAUCUACUGAAGUCUCCUCACUCACUGCCUUUGAACUAUAUUAACAGGUAGAAAGCAUAUGGCUACAAAUAUAUACCAAACCCAAGAUUCAUUUUUUGCACACAUUGAUUUCCCAGAUGUUAUUGAUAAGAAAAUUGUGUACCAGAUGGACAAUACAACAGCCAUGUCAAAAAACCUUUGAAGAACCAGAAAACAGUGGCAGAUGCUCUAGACUUCUCAUAUACUUCUGCGGUAUCCACCAACAUGCUGCUGAAUUCUUUGUAUUUCUUGAUGACCUCCAAAUAAGUUCUCUUAGAGUCAGGGGUUGUUUAUAAUGCAGCUUAAAACCUCAGCUUAUAUUGAUACUUGGCCUGAAAUAUUUUCGUACAGAGAAAGGCUGAAUGAAAUCUCAUAACUGUAUUUAUUUUUUUUGUUAGGCUGAGAAGACCUUCAGUUAUUAUAAGUGAAAUUAUUUUGGUUUGUUUCCAGGCUCCCACUGAAAUACAUUGCUAACUUUUAAAACCUGAAAAACAUUAUAUUUAAUUUUGGUCUUGUGAAUUCUGUGAUUGUUUAAAAAAAAAAAAAAAAGAAAAGAAAAAAGAGAGAGAGAUCUAAAACAUCCAAAGUAUUCACUUCUAGAAAAGUGUUUCUUUGAAUUGCCACUUUUCCUUGAAAGAUCUGUAUCAAAAUAUCACUCAUCCUUGUGUAAGAUUUCUAUCAUCAUAGAGAAUGAGAGAACCUUGGUGAAAAGACGGGAAAAUUGAAUGUAAUAUGCCUGCUUAUAAAUAUCUGUAUUUGGAUAUUGGUUUCCUUUUUCUCUGUCUCAUUUUCAUACAAUUUUUCCCAAUGAAAACUGAAACACAGGAACUAUAAAGAAGAAUUAUAUCCAUUACUUUCAGGCUGAUUCACAUCUCAGGCUAUUCGUACAGGAUUGUUUUCAGUGAAGUGACUGUUGACUUGCUGAAAAGAAAGGGAAGAAUCAGGCAUUUUGCUAAUAAAUACUACAUGAAGCUGGGACACAGGCACUGCCCCACUCUACCAGUUUUAAUAUUUACAAGAGAGAUUUUCUUUAGUAAAUUCUUUAUUUCUCGGUACUGAGGUUCUCUCCGGACACAGACCAAAACCUGGUGGUUUGGCUCCUUUCCUAACCUGAACUCAGCUGCCAGCCUUCCUCCAUCCCUGACAAGAGCCAUAUAUUCAGAACCUGUCUUGAUCCUAUCAGAAACUUCCUUUUGUCAGUGCUAAUCACUAGAACGUUUAACUCAGAGAGGCUAGACAGAUGCUAAGGGCAUUUUUUCAUUGAUUUUGGUGGGGUUCGUAUUUAGCCUUUAAUGAUUUUCUAAGGUUCAUUUUACCUGUUAUGCAGAGUUGUGUCAUAUUUGUCGUUUUGUGUUUUGACAGGGACAGUUGCAGCAGAGGUGUGUGGUGGAAAUACAGAAGCUUGUACUGGUUUGGUUUGGAUUUUGAGCAAAUUCAGCCAAAUGCCCAUAUUUGGAUAAACAUUUGUUGUUCACUCUCCACCCUUGAAGGUUUUCAACACCUGACUGGAUAAAGCUCUAAAUGACCCAGGCUGGCCUCAGAGCUCACCCUCCUUGGGCAGGAGGUUCAUCCAGAGACCUCGUGAGAUCUCUUGUAGCCUGAAUUAUCCUAUGACCCUAUUCUGCAAACAUAUUUUUUUUUAAACCAACUUUGAAUUGACACUCAGAAAAUACAGUUUCCUCUGGGAAAGGGCUUGUUUCAAAAAAAGUAAAAAUAAUUUGAAAAAUAAGAUUGUUUCAGGAACAAGGAUCAAUUUUCAAGUUGUUGAAUUAAGGGAAAUGGCUCCUCUUAUGAAUAUUUUUCCCUUUUGUGAUCACAAAUAUUUUGCUAAAUUGGCAUGGUGCCAUUCAUGUUGCACUUCUCUGUUGCUGUCAUUGUAUACAGCAUAAUGUCCCUCCAGUAUAAAGCAGAAUGUCAUCUACAUGCUAAAAUACAGAUAAACAGAUCUAUUAAAGUUUUCCAUGGUACAUUUAGGCAGAACCUAUGUAAUCUGAAAGCCUAGUGGAGUGCACAAGCCAUUUUUUUGUUUGAUAUCAUGAAAUCAAAUGCCCUUAACAUUUACUAAUCAAGAAGCAAGCAGGCUCUCAGAGGACAGGAUAAAGACGUGCUUUCCAAGGGGAGACUGUGGAUACAAAGCAUCUCUGCACAGCUAUAAAAGAAAUUGUAAUUUUCUAAGCAAAAUCUACAACUGGAUUUUAAAAAAUAAUCCCUUUUGCUUGAUUAACUGUCAUUUGUUUUAUAGAUGUGCACACCUUCUACACCUUUUUUUCGAGGUCCUCCUUAAACUCUUAUUGUAGAGAAUGUGAUCCUCCAAUAUACUACUUCUAGAUAUGCAAGUAAAGUAGAGCACAUUUUUUUACUCUACUGUGAAGGCAAACUGAAAUGCGAGCAUCUGAAAAGGAGUCAGUCCUAACUUGGAUACCAAAUACAUUUCAGGUAGGACUUCUUUAUUUCAGCCAAUACUUUCUGCCAGCUUGAGAGAGCUGCAUUCACUGAAGCCUCUGUCUCUAGACAAGCACAUGUCCCAGAGGGAGUUUUGACUGAGAGAAUUUGUACGUAAGUGAAACAGAACUGGGAAGUUUUGAAAACAAGUAUGAAAGUGGUUCUCAUAAUGUAUCCAGAGCUUCCCUUAGAGCACUUUACCACAGGGAGUGAGUGCAUUAUAGAAGUGUCGCUCCAGGUCUCAACCUGGUAUUGACUCCAUUUGAGUAUGAACCCAUCAGCAAACCUGUUUCUAGCCUAGACCACACUGUUGACCAACUUCUUGCUAGGCCGUGGGAGUGCAUACAAACACACACAUGCAUAUGCAUAAACAACCCUAUAUAUAAAAAUACUAUGUAUAUAUAAAAUAUACCUAUAAAACAUCCAGUUGCAUAUCAUUAUAUGACAGCAGUAAUGCCUGUGAUGGCGAACACAAAAUAUUUGUGUAUUAGAAGGAAGCCAAACUACACCUUUUCCAAUAACAAAUAUUUUUUUUCCUUGCCCUUUUCUGUUUGUGUUCAUUGGUGUGGUUUUUUGGUUUUUGUUUGGGGUUUUGUUGUUGUUGUUGUUACUGUUGUUUUUCCAUUGCUGCUGUGAGAAACUAGAAUGGAAGUUUUUAGACAAAAUGACAGCAAACUAAGCUGCAUUCUGCCUUGCCAGCAGCUGGUGAUUGGGACUAAAGAUCACAGCAGGCUCUUCACAUGUGCAGAAGCACAGCAGGCUGAAGAGAACAGAGGGCCACUGCUUUCAUUGCUCCCUUCUCCUCCUGCACAGGCCCUUCCUUGCAUGUUGCAUUUCUUGGUGCCAUGAGGCUCAUUUACAGUGGUGGUUCUAUUCUGGCAGAUGUGUCUAAGGCUGAACCUGGCUUAUCUAGUCUUUGGCUCUAGGGACACAACCACCUUACUUUGAACCUGCUGCUCCUUCUGGGGCAACUGCAAUGUCUUCCAGUUGGGUUGUCACAUGGCAGACUUGGACUGUUGUCCUAAAGCCAUGGCUCUGUCCCAAGAGCUCAAAUUUCCUCGUACAAAAUACUGGAUUUGUUUUAGAGAAUGCAGCUUAAUUGAAAUGACCUACAUGAGUGUAUUUUUAUCAUCUCCUCCUUGGGUGUUCAGUGCCUUCCUGAGUCAUCUGUCAAAAAAAUUGCACAUCAUCAGCACGUUCACAACUGUAUUUGCAAAAAAGUAAUUAUUUAUUAAACAAAAUAAAUGGGACUUGUUUUACAAUA